AGGCAGUCCUUUCAGAAGAACAGGAGCACUUCUUGUGUUCACAGGAGUCGCCAUGGCCUGGUCCUCCAUCCUCACAGUCUUUGUCUUUGCCAUCUUAGCUGUCAGCUCUGUGGCCAGUGUUACAGACAAGAUACUUAAACCAAAAGGGUGUAUCGACACCUGUAGUGACCUAGAAUUCUCAGCAACCUUGGGGGCCCAACGGACAUUUAGAUAUGUGAAUCGGUGCUGCCAAACAGAGCAGUGCAACCAAGAUGACAUAAAAGAGACUACACCAUCUUUGAAAGCCAAUGGUCUUCAGUGUACUGCCUGCUACAAUGAGAAAGACAAGUCAUGCAGUGCAACUACUACUCUAAUGUGCACAGGGGAAGAGAAAAUGUGUGUUGAGGUCACCGGCACAGAUAAGCAAACUUCUACGUUAGUGCUGUAUGGGAAAGGCUGUGCAACUGAAAAUGCCUGCAAACAGGAUCUGACCGUCAACGGUAACGUACAGAUCAAAACCACAUGCUCCUCACCUGUUGCGACCGAUGGGAGCCCUGCCCUCAAGUCCAUUACGUCACUUCCAAUUGCUCUCCUCCUGCUGAAAGUCUUGCUCUGAUCCUCCAGGUGCUGGCAAUCCCGCAAUCCUACACACACAAACCCACUGGUGUACGUGGAUGGCUAUUUCCAAAACACUGAACAAAUAAAAACUGGUGAUUUUAUGUGAAAACUUAAGUUCAUCUUUUUUGUAAUAACAGGAAACACACAGAGAUAACUAUUUCAACAUUUCUCCUCUUCUCUUUCACACAGUACUAGAAAUCCUAGUCAGAGGAAUUAGGCAAAUCAAAGCACUAAGUAAGUAAAAUUAAAUUUGAAAACAAGAUAAAGAAAGGGGGAAAAAGGGAAGGGAAAAAAACAGAUAUUCGUAUUGGAAAGAAAUUUGUAAAACUACUAGAAGAAAAC